AUGUCCGGUAGCGAUGAGGUCUUCCAGAAGAAGAGGCUGCGCAAGACUGGAGACUUCACAGUUCCGUUGCACGGCCACAAUGUAAAGGCGGAAGAAGAAGGGAAGGGCGUGGCCUUAUGGCUCAAGGUAGAGUUUGAGAAUGUGACUGGGGAGCUUGAGUUUCGGUCGGUUGGGCUUGAGGUUGUUGUGACUUCUCCGCCGCCAAUUGAAAAGAUUAAACUCGAUAGCGGGACUUGGAACACAGGUGAUGUUAGAUCGUGGGAUCAUCCUAGAGAGAAGACCGAAGGCUUGAUUAAAUUCACAAAGGAGUUUACCUCAAUUCCGACGGUGUUGGUUAGCAUGAAUACCGCCAGUGUUAAAGGGGGGUCUAACUUUAGAGUCAAGGUUUACGCGACAGAGAUCAGUUCUCAUGGGUUCACCGUUCACGCAGAUAGCUGGGCAGAUACGGUUUUAUACUCGUGCGGUGUGACGUGGUUGGCGAUAGGAUCUUGA